AUGGUUGCUCCACAGCCCAAAUGGGUUCUUGAAUUGAACAGCGGCCUCCCUGCAAAAUCGAAACAUGCAACUAGCAUACCCGAUCCUCCCGGCCUUUCAGCUUCCAAACCCAUGACAGGGAAACAGGCCAAGAAAUCACAAGCUGCCGGAAGGAAAAUACCAACCACAGAAGAGACCGAGACGUUGAAACUAAAGAAGGCAUGGGAGGUUGCCCUUGCACCUGCGAAGCAACUACCAAUGCAGGCUAUCAUGGGAUACAUGUCUGGAAAUUCACUCCAAAUUUUCUCCAUCAUGAUGGUCUUCAUGCUUUUCAAGAAUCCCAUCCAAGCCAUUUCGCAAACAAACCUAGCCUUUUCCAGAUUCGAGAGCCCGGGGACCCGUUCACAAAUGCUGGGGAUCAAGGCGGUCUAUGUGCUAAUGCAAUGCCUCCUCCUCGGCCUGGGUAUCUACAAGGUGAACAGUAUGGGCUUAUUACCCACCACAAGAAGUGACUGGUUGGCUUGGGAAACUGAAAGGCAACCUCUAGAGAGAGCAUAUUUUGCAUUCGGUCAAUGA